ACGAAAUAUUAAAACAAUUGAUUCUAACAGUUGAUCUUUGAUAGUUUCAUCGAGGAAAAAGAUGUUUCAUUCAAUUGUACUUUUAGCCUGUUUGGCUUUGACUUUUGCUAGUGAAGUUGAUUAUAAAUCAGAGUUUAAUCAAUUCAAGAUCAAUCACAAUAAAAACUAUGCUCAUCCGAAAGAAGAAGCUUAUCGAUUCCAAGUAUUUAGUUCAAACUUGAAAAAAAUCACUGAACACAAUAAACGUCAUUCAAAUGGAUUGGAAACUUAUGACAUGGGAGUCAAUGCUUACACUGAUUUGACUUUUGCUGAAUUUUCCAAAGCAUUCCUUGGAUACAAUGCAACUCUUCAACAGCCAGCUCCAUUGAUCCACAACCGCAACUCAACUGACGAUUUACCAGAAACUGUUGAUUGGCGUGAAAAGGGAAUAAUAAAUGCAAUCAAAAAUCAAGGGCAAUGUGGUUCUUGUUGGGCUUUUUCAACAACAGCUUCAGUCGAAAGUGCUUGGGCUCAAGCCAAAGGUAAACUCGUCUCUUUGUCUGAACAAAACUUGAUGGACUGUUCAUAUGCUGAGGGAAACAAUGGUUGCAGCGGUGGUUUACCAGACAAGGCUUUUAAUUACAUCAUUAAGAAUGGUGGAGUCGAUACUGAAGACUCUUAUAACUAUACCGCAGCCUCAAGUAAAACUUGUAAGUUUUCAUCUAGCAAUGUUGGUGCUAAAAUAUCGAAGUUUGUAGACAUUGAAUCAGGCGAUGAAGCAGCGCUCAAAAAUGCUGUCGCUCAAAGAGUCGUUUCUGUAGCCAUUCAUGUUGGAGAAACAUUCCAAAAUUACAAAUCUGGAAUCUUUGAUCUCUCAUUUUGCCCUAGUUGGAGCUUCUACUUGAACCAUGCCGUUGCUGUAGUUGGCUAUGGAACAGAUCACUGGCUCUUACGAAACUCAUGGGGAAGUUCUUGGGGUGAAAAUGGUUAUGCUCGGUUCGCUAUCAACAAGAACCUCUGUGGUAUUGCAAGUGCUGCAAGUUAUCCACUUGUUUAAAUGUUGAUUCUGUAAAAUUUUUCAUUCCUCGAAAAGCAUGUAAUGUGUAAUUCAACAAUUCAAAGUAUCGAAUUAAAUUAACAAAUCUAAGCUAAAUUUAAAAACAAA